GCUUGGGCUCUGUUUAAAGGAAAGUUCAGAGAGGGCAUCGAAAAGCCGGAUCCGCCAACUUGGAAGACGAGACUGCGCUGUGCGUUAAACAAGAGCAAUGACUUUGAAGAACUGGUUGAAAGAAGCCAGCUGGAUAUCUCUGAUCCGUAUAAAGUGUACAGAAUAGUACCGGAAGGAGCGAAAAAAGGAUGAAACAAGCACAGCCUGGAGGAUCCGCAGAUGGUCAUGAAUAAUCCUUACCCUGUGAACUCAGCCUCAUACCCUGCACUACAGUCUCCGGUGCCAAGCUACAGGGUCCCCCCCGACCUUAACUGGAGGGAGUAUAUACCUGAUCCAUCACACCCGGAGAUUUCCUACCAGUGUACAAGUGCUUCUUUUGCACCUCGCAGUCAUCACUGGCAAGGGCCAGCAUGUCAGAAUGGUUGUCAGGUAACUGGAACCUUUUAUGCUUGUCCACCGCCUGAGUCUCAGACUCCUGGGAUCCCGAUAGAGCCAGGCAUAAGGUCUGGCGAGGCUGUUGCAUUCUCGGAUUGUCGGCUGCACAUCGGUCUCUACUACAAUGGAACUCUGGUUAAAGAAGUCACAACAACGAGCCCCGAGGGCUGUAGGAUAUCACACGGCCAAAGUUUUGAGGUCAGCGGUCUUGAACAAAUCGCAUUCCCUUAUCCAGAAGAUCCUGGCCAAAGGAAAGCAACUGAAAAAUUGCUCAGCCACUUGGAAAGGGGAGUAAUACUCUGGCUGACACCCGACGGGCUUUAUGCGAAGAGACUUUGUCAAAGCAGGAUAUACUGGGAUGGACCACUGGCGUUUUGCAGCGACAGGCCUAACAAACUGGAAAGAGAGCAGAGUUGCAAACUUUUUGACACCCAGCAGUUUUUAUCAGUACCGCCUCCUAAGCAAGACAGUAUCCUGUCACAUGGGUCUUCGGGCUCUGAGGCAUCGGGAUCUUACUCUGAUAAAGACUCCAAGGAAGCUGAAUCUGACCACCACUCCCUGCCAGGGGAUUCUCCCCUUGACCAGGUGAAUGAUAAUCUUCCCAUCUCAACAUCGGAAGGUCUGAAAUCUUACGGGGAACUGGCCAAAUGCAUGGCUCAUACAUUGGGGAUUUCGAUUGUGCAACCUAAGCAAACUGUCACAGAUUCAAAUGUCUUUGACAUUGUCCAGCUUGAUACCUCCACAGCGAUCUCCCUACCGGUGACCAGACGUCUGGAGCACAUGUACCGAAUUCCGGAAGCAGGUGCUGAGUCUCUUUCCUGUCACCCCAAACCCAACUCAGUAGUAGCCACAGCUUCCAAGAGCAAGCGUACCCAUUCGACCCUGGUGGACAAAGAAGUCGGGAAAUUAGACAAGAACACAAAUUACUUGGCUUGUAUGGGAUGCAACAAUGUCACGUUGAGCCCGGAGAUCCCCUUCCUCCUGAAAGUAGUUUCAGACUUUCGUCUCCACUCCGAUAUCGUGCUCCCAGAUUUCUUUCCUGAUCCUAAGGAUAACAUGGAGAGAUUCCUUCAUUCUUUGGAUGUGAAAUGCACUCUCUUAUUCUACCUCCAUCGGACGUGGCAGUUCCGUAAGGACCCACACCUCUUUGUCGCCCUUACCCAACAGAAGAGGGGCCAGCAGGUUGAGCCAGUAUUUGCAAGACAGCUGUACUAUUUUGCGCAGCAAAACACCGGACUUUUUCUAAGAGGUUACGAUAUGUCAGAACAACUCGCCAGUCCAGAGGAUUACCACCGAUCUCUGCACCAUUCCUCUGUUCAAGAAUAA